GUACCCGAGCCCUCAAAAGUAUCCAUCGCUGUGACAUUUGCAGCCUCGCCCGAUCUAACCACAGGCACUUGCAAGAUCGUCGGCUGGGUUCAACAGCAGCCAACCACCGACAGCCCCACCAUAGAUGGACAGUAUAUCAGGCCACAAGAAUUUGCCGAGAAUGCCGAGUUCUGGCCUCAGGUAGAUCGGAUUCUGGAAAAGCACGCGCACGAGGAUCCAGAGCUGCAGGCGCAGGCAGCGGGUAUAAAGAGCGGGUGGCUGAACAUCACGGAUGGCCGCAAUCCGCCGCCGCCAAGCCGCACGGGUGCUGCGGAGGAUAUUUUUGGCAGCGUCAUGGUUGAGGACAGGAUAAUUAAGCCGGGGUCGUUCCAGGCCAAUUGGGCCCACCGCCCAGUCACAAUCUACGGCUUGUUCCAACUGCCUGAGUAUCUGCACAACAAGCUUGUGGAA